AUGGCGAGCCAAGCAGCACGGCCGGGGGUCCCAGACUUGUUCACGCAGCCGCCGCCCAUCCGCGACCCGCUCGUGACAGAGACCACUGAUCUGCAGGAUGCGACGCUUGAGAAGUGCCUGCCUUUCCUAAAAGGCAUCCAAAAUAGUCAAUCUGGCCCCUUCAAUACAUGCGGAGUGCCUGCACUCCAGCGUGAUGAUCAUGUAGCCUUUGCCUUUGAUUCCUUGGAAGAUUAUCCCCCCAGCUUUGUCAUCUUGGACGCCAGCCGCCCAUGGAUGGCAUACUGGGGUCUAACCUCAUUGUUCUUGAUGGGAGAGGAUCCCACUCGAUUCCGAGAACGGUUGAUUAACACUCUGCGACCCGCACAGAACCCUACCGGGGGUUUUGGUGGCGGUCGUGGUCAAAUAUCCCACCUAGCUGGUAGCUAUGCCGCCGUUCUAUCGCUUGCAACCGUUGGGGGCGAGGAUGCGUUUGCAUUGAUUGAUCGGCAAGCAAUGUGGCAAUGGCUGGGCCGAUUGAAGCAGGCCGAUGGGGGCUUUCGCGUCUGCGAGGGCGGGGAAAAGGACGUGCGUGGUGGAUACUGCGUCAUGGCUAUUAUUACUUUGCUCGAUUUGCCUAUCGAGUUACCCGCGGACUGUGAAGCCCGGCAGGCUGGUUUAGAGAACUUGACCGAUGGCCUUGCCCAAUAUAUGUCGCGCUGUCAAACAUAUGAGGGCGGCAUCUCGGGCAGCCCAGGCGUAGAAGCGCAUGGGGCAUAUGCCUACUGCGCGUUGGCCUGCUUGGCCCUCCUGGGGCCCCCAGAAGAGACUAUUCCCAGACAUAUGGAUGUGCCUAUGCUAGUGUCAUGGCUAUCUGCACGCCAAUAUGCCCCCGAGGGUGGGUUUUCGGGCAGAACUAACAAGUUAGUCGAUGGAUGCUACAGCCACUGGGUUGGCGGAUGCUGGCCACUGCUCCAGUCUGCUUUAGAUGGCAAACCACAAAGCAAUGGACCUCCGGCCACGACUGUGGGUCAUCUGUUCAGCCGCGAAGGAUUAUCCCGCUAUAUCCUCGGAUGUUGCCAAUCGAACAACGGCGGCCUUCGCGAUAAACCAGGAAAGCACCCCGAUUCUUACCACACCUGCUACGUACUUGCGGGCUUGAGCGCCAUGCAGCACUACCAUUAUCGCACGGACUCGAGCCCUACAUCAAGCAAGAUGUUUUCAUCUGCCUUCUCUUGGCGCUCGAGCCCGAUCCGCGAAGGCAAUGUGUAUGAGAAGAGCGACCGACUCGAGCCACUCCACCCUCUUUAUGGAAUUCCGUACCCCAGUGCCGAUGCGAUGCGGCUCUGGUGUGAAGCCCGACCCAUUACGCCUUAG